AUGCAGGAACCCUAUGUUGGAGCUAAGGCACAUUUAACCGUGGGUUCACAGUAUCGCGUAAUUCAGAAAAUAAGUCAUGAUUUAACCAAACCAGUGAGAUCAGCAAUCGUUGUCACAGAUCCUAAUAUCCAGUUCAUAAUGAAUCCUAGCAUGUUAACCGAAGAUAUUGUAGGUGUAGAAUUAAGAAUAGGUAAUUAUAAAAUAGGUUUUGUUAGUAUAUAUUUACAUGAAAAAGGCAACAUCGAAGAAGACCUGUCAACAUUGAAGAGAAUUGUAGAAGCCAUGAAUACCGAAGAUAUUGUUAUCGGAGGUGACGCGAAUGCAAGCAGUAUCUGGUGGGGAUGCAAGGCUGAUGACAAAAGAGGAGCAUUGAUAAUGGAAACCGUGGCUGAACUUAAUCUGGAAAUAUUAAACACGGGAAAAUACCCUACCUUCAGUGUUUACAGAAUGGGAACUCUCUGCUCUAGCAUCAUCGAUAUCACCACUUGCACAACCUCGGUCCUACAUAAAAUAACAAAUUGGAGAGUUGACGAUUCGUUCUGCACAAUUUCCAGUCAUAAACCAAUUCUUUAUAACCUGUCAACCCCAAGUACAUCUGAGGAACUUGAAAUUAACAGUACUAGAAAAUACAAUACCAGGAAAGCAAACUGGAAUAAUUUCAGUAAUGAAUUAGAGAAAGCGCUACACAGUAAUAAUAUAACCCAAGAAAGAAUUGCAAAGAUCAAGACAAAACAAGAAAUAGAUGAAAUUGUUAAUGAAUACACAGAAAGCAUAGUAACGGCAUGUAACAAAGUCAUUCCAAAAAUUGAAACAAAACGGGUAAACAGAGCAGCAAAAUGGUGGAAUGAAGAAUUACAAGAUAAAAAGAAGGAGAUGAUUAGACUCAGAAGAAGAAUCAAAAAUGCACACCAAAAUAGAAGAAACUAUGUCAUAGAACAGUACUUGCAAGCCAGAGAUAUAUAUAAAAAAAGCAUAGAGGACGCUUCAACAAAGAGUUGGAAAGAUCUAUGUACGAAAGAACAAAAAGAAAGUAUAUGGCAAUGCACCUAUCGAAUACUAAAAAUUUGCUCAAACAGAGAGGAAGACAAGUUACUACGGAACCAAAAUGGAGACAUUCUAACAGAGAAGGAAUCGGCUACCCUUCUUGCUGAAACAUUCUUUCCAAAAGAUAAUACAAGUACUGACACAGAAGAGCAAAAGGAUAUAAGGACAGAAACAAAAGAAUUCAUAAUGCAAUUAAAUAGCCAAACAACUGAAAUUAAAAGAUCGUUUACCAGAGUUGAAAUACAACAAAUAUUCAAAAAUAUGGAACCCAAGAAAGCACCAGGGGACGACGGUCUGACGUCAGAUAUAUGCCAGGAAGCCUACAGUAAUAACCCAGAAGUCUUAAGAACCAUCUACAACAAAUGCCUAGAAUUGGGAUAUUUUCCGAACAACUGGAAAAAAGCCACAAUUAAAGUAAUCCCUAAACCUCAUAAAGAAGACUACACACAACCAAAGGCUUACAGACCCAUUGGCUUGUUACCGGUAUUUGGCAAAGUUCUAGAGAAACUCUUCACUAAUAGGGUACAAUGGCAAUUAGGAAAAGAGAACAAAUUGAGUAGGAGACAAUAUGGUUUCACUCCACAAAAAAGUACUGAAGACGCGCUAUAUGACACCAUAACGCUCAUUAGAAAUGGACUUCACAAGAAGGAAAUAGUUAUACUGGUGUCAUUGGACAUCGAGGGCGCAUUUGACAACGCAUGGUGGCCCGCCAUUAUCAGUGAACUUAGAAAGAAACAAAUGGAUACAGCUAUGCUAAAACUAAUCACCAGCUACCUGUCAAAUCGAAAAAUCAGUCUCAAAUAUGCUGGCCAAAAUGUAUCCUUACCAACUGAUAAAGGGUGUAUUCAAGGAUCAACAUGCGGCCCCAUGUUGUGGAACAUCCUACUAGAUUCCCUACUUCAGGCGACGGAAAACCUUGCAGUACACGUCCAGGCCUUUGCAGAUGACAUCCUAAUAGUAGCAUCAAAUAAAGAUGGACAACAAAUAGAAAAGGAUAUAAACGACGCGCUCAAAUUAAUAGUAAAGUGGGGGCAAAAACACAAACUUAAAUUUGCCCCGCACAAAACGCAAGCAACUAUCAUUACUAAAAAGCUCAAAUACCACUGCCCGAGAUUACUAAUGGACCAAGUUACAUUAACAUAUACGGAUCAACUGAAAGUACUAGGCCUAAUUAUAGACAAAAAUCUCAAUUUCAAACCUCAUUUAGAUCAUAUCUGCAACAAAGCAGUAAGCCUUUACAAGACAGUAUCUAGGGCAGCACGGGCAAAAUGGGGAUUAAACUCUGACAUUGUGAGAACGAUCUACCUAGCAGUGGUCGAACCUACUGUAUUAUAUGCUGCCAGCUGCUGGGCAGAAGCAACGGAGAAGAAAUAUGUACAGCGAAUACUUAAUAGGCUCACACGGAUGUUCAGUAUUCGUAUCUGCAAAGGGCAUAAAACCAUCUCUUUGGUAUCUGGCGCACUCCUAGCCAAAAUAAUUCCACUAGCCUUACGUGUCAAAGAAAACGCAGAAAUAUACGAGAUCAAACGAGGCAAGCCUAUUGAGUCGCUCCCAGGUAGACACUUAGAGACAAAGAUAAGCCCUUACAAUCUACCACAUCCAUCACUAAGACAACAAAGACAAUAUAAAUUUAUAACUAAUCAAGAAGAUAUUGAUAAAAUCUGCAAUAACUGGCCCAGUAUUUACACAGAUGGAAGCAAAAUAGACAACAGAGUUGGAGCAGCCAUAUCAGUCUGGCAAAAUGAGAUCGAAAUUAAGAAUAUUACUUGUACACUGGAAAGAUACUGUAGCGUAUACCAAGCGGAAUUAGUGGCUAUUCAUAAAGCUGUCAAAUAUAUGCUUGACAAGAAGUGUUACAAGGCAAAUAUACUCAGUGACUCAAGAUCAGCAAUCAUGACUAUCUGCAAUCCGUCAUCACUUCAUCCAAUCGCCGCAGAAAUAUCAUCGAACUUAAGCGCCAUAGAAAGCCAUGACGGAAAAAUAGAGUUUUAUUGGAUAAAAGCCCAUUGCGGACUGAAGGGCAAUGAAAGAGCAGAUGAGCUUGCCAAAUAUGCCGCCACCAAGAAAAAGCAGAGAGCAAUUUAUGAUUUAUUCCCUUUGUCGUACGCUAAGCACCUCACCAGAAACAAUACCUUGCUUAAAUGGCAGCACAAGUACGAAGAGGCGGCGACUAGUGAAACAACGAAAACCUUUUUCCCUAAUAUUAGAGUAGCGUAUAAAAUAUUAAAGAACAUUAAAAUAACCAAUAUUAUAACUCAGUUAUUUACAGGACAUGGCGGUAAUAAAGCCUAUCUUUUCAGAUUCAAGCUGUCAUCAUCCCCAUACUGCACAUGUGACGACAACUCUCCACAAACUGUAGAACACAUAAUUAUAGACUGUCCGCGUUUUUGUACGAAAAGAUACGAGUGUGAGUGCAGUAUGGGAAUGACCAUUUCUAAACAGAAUCUCUGUACAAUUAUGGAGGACAACGAUUGCAGAUCAAACUUUCUAAAUUUCGCCCUCUUAGUAUUAAAAACUAUGAAUAAGGAAAAUGGUAGCACUAUAAUAGACUAG